AUGUCGAAUCAGGAUGAGUACGUUCCAAAUGACAUAAAGAGAACACAAAUGAUAAAAAUCUUCAGUUCAACUCCGAAUGCAUGGUUCAUGGAUAUCUUGGAAAACAUUCCGAGGUAUGAAGAAGAUGGACCACCAUACUGGUUAAUAUUUGUGGGUCAAAACACAAGAUACUGUGACGCCUUACCAUUACAAAGCAAAGGUGUUUUAGAUGUUAAAGCAGCUUUGACAAUAUUCAUUGACAAAUAUCAUCCAAGCAAACUGACAUCUGACCAAGAAAGUUCUUUCAAAUCAGAAGAUAUAAAAUUAACUCUGAAGUCAUAUAAUGUCAACCAAUAUUUUAUCGUCGACCAGAACCAUUCUGCCCUUGGUGUCAAUGACAGAUGUAUAAGAACUUUGAGAGACUUAAACCAACCAAAAGACGAUGAAAAAGAUGAAAUGUCAUAUGACGAUAAAUAUAGACACUUCACCGAGGCAAAAAUGAGAGUGUGUAUAGAUAUUUACAAUAACCGUCCGCAAAGAGGUUUGGGUGGUCAUUCCCCCAAUGAAAUGUUAAAUGACCCUAAGUUAGAAAAAGAGUUUAUAUUCAAAGGUUUAGUCAUGAGAGACAAACAAGAAAAAAUGCCAGGGUUCAAACUUCAUGAAGGUGACAAAGUAAAAAUUGAAAUACCUAAAUAUGACCCUUAUGAAAAUACUAUAGACUCUAAAAAUGGGAAAGCUACAGGUACUCGUAUUCGUGGUCGUAAAAACAGAAGAAGAUAUACAAGAGAAUAUUAUGAAGUUCUUGGUCAAGAUGGCAAAAUGUACAAACUGAAAGCAGAAGAUGGAACGACUAUUGUCCGACCUCGUUUCAAACUUGUCAAAGUUCAAGGUGGUGUCUAUUCAAAGACAGUUCCUAACAAAUUUAAGACAACACCUAACGAAUAUGCUAAAGAAGUGGAACAUGACGACUAA